AUGGCGACCAACGACAAGUUUGGCAACGACAUCGAGUCGGGCAGCGAGUCGGGCAACGAGUCUCCCGUCAACGAUGUCGACGAUGUUGAGGAGCUCGAGCAGAAGCCUCUGAAGUCGGCCAUGAAGAAGUCCCCCAUGGCCGCGAUUCCCCCCGUGGAACGCCCGCAUCUGCCUCCUCAGACCGAGCCGAAAGACCUCGACCUUAACUCUCUGACACCCCUCACCCCCGAGAUUAUUGCACGACAGGCCACCAUCAACAUCGGUACGAUUGGCCAUGUCGCUCACGGAAAGUCCACCGUCGUUAAAGCCAUCUCCGGCGUACAGACCGUUCGUUUCAAGAACGAGCUGAUCCGGAAUAUUACUAUCAAGUUGGGAUAUGCGAACGCCAAGAUCUACAAGUGUGACAACCCCGAGUGCCCCCGGCCUGGAUGCUUCAGGAGCUACAAGAGUGAGAAGGAGGUCGAUCCGCCUUGCGAACGGGAGGAGUGCAGUGGAACAUACCGGUUGUUGCGCCAUGUCUCUUUCGUUGAUUGCCCUGGUCACGACAUCCUCAUGAGCACCAUGUUGUCCGGUGCUGCCGUCAUGGACGCUGCCCUGCUACUCAUCGCAGGCAACGAAACAGUGCCCCAGCCUCAGACCUCCGAGCAUUUGGCGGCUAUAGAAAUCAUGAAGCUGGACAAGAUCAUCAUCCUUCAGAACAAGGUCGACUUGAUGCGCGAGGAAGCCGCGCAACAACAUUACCAGUCAAUCUUGAAGUUCGUGCGAGGAACGCCUGCUGCCAAGUCGCCCAUCAUCCCCAUCUCUGCCCAGCUCAAGUUCAACAUUGAUGCCAUCAACGAGGCUAUUGUGAACACCAUUCCUGUACCGCCCAGGGACUUCACUAUAGAGCCUCACAUGAUGGUCAUUCGGUCGUUUGAUGUUAACAAGCCGGGUGCGGAGAUUGAGGAGCUGAAGGGUGGUGUUGCCGGUGGCAGUAUCCUGCACGGUGUGCUGAAGCUGGGCGACGAGAUCGAGAUCAGACCGGGCAUUGUCAGCCGUGAUGACAAGGGUGCACUCAAGUGCAAGCCCAUCUGCAGUCGCAUUGUGUCUCUGAACUCCGAGUUCAACGACCUAAAGUACGCUGUACCCGGUGGUCUCAUUGGUGUCGGUACACGGAUCGACCCAACUCUCUGCAGAGCCGAUCGUCUGGUGGGCUUCGUGCUCGGUCUCAAGGGCCGUCUCCCUGAGAUCUACAGCGAGAUCGAGGUCAACUUCUACCUGCUCAAGAGACUGCUUGGUGUCCGUACGGCAGACGGCAAGCAAGCCAAGGUUGCCAAGCUACAGAAGAACGAGGUGCUGAUGGUCAACAUCGGUUCUACUUCUACCGGUGCUAAGGUCGCCGCCAUCAGGCAGGAUGCCGCCAAGCUGUCGCUGACGAGCCCGGCCUGUACGAACCUGGGUGAGAAGAUCGCGCUGAGCAGACGUAUCGAAAAGCAUUGGCGUCUUAUCGGUUGGGCCACUAUUACUGCCGGUGUCACACUCGAUCCCAGCGAUUCAUGA